AUGCGCGUCGCCGCCAAUCUCGAGAACAUGUGGUCCGUCGACCUCCUACUUCGGAUCGGAGAGGGCACCGAGCCGGCUGUCGCAUUUGGAGGCCAGCGCGAUUACAUUCACAUACCUCCUCAAAUUAUCUUCAUCCCUCUCCACCUGGCUGUCCGCGCUUCACCAGAGAAGCAACUCAUCAAGGUGAUCUACCCCACAAUCGACACGGCUCCACUUAACCCCGACUUCCUCAUGAACAGCGUCAUCCUGACGCCCUGCAACAGGAACGUUGCGAGGAUGAACAACAUACGGACAUGCUGCAUCAUGGAGAGGACAGGAGAUACAAGGGCCAGGACUCGCUUACGGACGCUGAGACUUCAGGUCGGUAUGCCGUGGAAUACUUGA